ACUUGAAGGCAGCACCACCCCCUCCUCCCCCUCCUCCUCCACUGUGUCAGACAGUGACGUCACCCCGCUCCUAGACGGACAGCUGAAAGCUCCGGGCUCAGAGGGCUUGUUGACGUUUUGUUUUGAUCGCUUUUUCUGGAUUUCUGGACAUUAUCCGCACAUUCAGAAGCCCGCCUUUCGAGCCUGCCGUCACGCCUCAGUGCGGGGAUCCAGCAAAGAUGAAAUGGAUGUUUAAGGAGGACCAUUCCCUCGAGCACCGAUGUGUGGAGUCAGCCAAAAUACGCAACAAAUAUCCUGACAGAGUACCGGUGAUAGUGGAGAAGGUCUCUGGCUCUCAGAUUGUGGACAUUGAUAAGAGGAAGUACCUGGUGCCCUCUGACAUCACAGUGGCCCAGUUCAUGUGGAUCAUCAGGAAACGCAUCCAGCUGCCUUCAGAGAAAGCCAUCUUCCUCUUUGUGGACAAAACUGUCCCCCAGUCCAGUCUGACGAUGGGCCAGCUGUACGACAAGGAGAAGGACGAGGAUGGCUUUCUGUACGUCGCCUACAGCGGAGAAAACACCUUCGGUCACAAGGCCUUUUAUACAGCACAGGGUUAAUGCUUAACUGAAUACCAGUCUCUCUCACACGCGCUCACACACACACACACACACACACACACACACACACACACACACACACACACACACACACACACACAGUAAGGCUCAACAUAUACUGGUGCACAGUGCUUCAGAAAUUGGCCUCUACAUGUGUUACACAGGUAACGCACCUACACAUAUGGCACUGUCAUUUCUGGUAAAUUUUUUGAUACUGAAAGCUGCAAAUUUGUGGUGAAAGGUAAAGACACUAAUAUGCUACAAUAAACAUUUUUCACAGGCUCAGAAAAAAACCCCACUUAACUUUGUCAUGUCUCUGUUUUAAGGCCAGUUAUUGUUAUCUUUAACACUGCCGUAGGUCCGAGUAACAAUCACACACGUUACAGGCACAUCAUUCAUCGUCCUGGCACCAGUAUUAAACACACACACACACACACACACACCAAUCAUUACGCUACCCAAUCAUGCUACAGUUUAUUUGCUAUCACAGAUAUUCAUGUUCAGCUGAAGUGAGAAAGAGACGCCGUAAUCAUGUGACUAGAAUCAUUAACUGCGUUAUUUGUACUGCGCAUCAUAUCACGUAUGAAAGGUCGGCCAUAAGGAGGAGGCCUGUGACAGCCCUGUGCUCGGAGCAGCGCUGCUCCUCGGGGUGUUGCUCCCCAGUCUGACGUCAGCAUCUCAGCAGCAAAUCGUGAAAUUUACUGCUUAAAGAAAUCCAACACUUUACUUGAAGUUUGAAAUGAAAAAAAUGUUGAAUACAUUAAAAAAAUAAAUACACAAGCGUGUGAGUAGUUAGUGACAAAGUAGUGAGAAAUGAGCUCAUAAUUAAUAAAACCUUAAUGAGUGGUUCUUGACCUUCUCAGUGAUACAAACUGAUGCCUCGUUAUUAUUUAUUCACUGAACCAUUAAAAAUUCACAUUUCUGGUCAAACUCAUUAAGUUCUGAACGUGUUUGGUUAAAAACAUUACAGUGACCACUCCAGCUCCCCUACAUGAUCCAUAAUAAUAACUUUAGCCAAAAAUAAAUGAUGUAGUGGGACAAAUCAAAUCAUGUCUAACAGCCGCUCCGUGCAGAACGAGCAGCUCAGCUAUGCAGCAUCUUUCUGCCACUGGGAGCUUCUUCGUCGACUCUGUGGUCAUUACACACUCAGAUACUGCAUAUAUGCCGGUCUGUCAGUCACUGUACAACAUGCAUGUCAUAGAGAACAUAACACAACCGUGCAGGGCAGUUUUGUUAGCGUGUCAUUACCGUUUCAGCCGGCACGCCCAGACUGCAGCUCACAGCUGUGGCUGAACAUCCAAUGGAAUUAUUUUAUUUUAUGAUCUAAUCUUUUUAAAUUUUAGUGUUUAGUGUUUUAUUUUUGCUACUUGUGUCUUGGGGUGCAGUAGAGUCCCAGUCUUUAUGUACAACCCUGCGCGCCGUUUAAUUACCUGUGAAACUAUCUGAAUUGUAUUUAACUUGUCUGAAAGUUGAUGUUUAAAUACUUUUUAACCUUUGAACUGUGGGCUGAUUAACCAGAGUGAUGAAGCACUCACUAUUUAUUUGAUAUUUUAUUUCUGGGAAAAAAUGAUUGCUCAUGAAAUGUGACUGGGAGUUGGGUUUUAACAGACCUGUGAUUAAAUUGUUUUGCGUGA